AUGAAGCUCACCAGAGCUUCCCUUCGGGAGGGCCGGCUCUCCUGGCUCUCUUCGUUUGUGCGCUCGAAAAGGGGCCCGAAGCUCUUCCAAUGUCAACAUGGGCUCCAGUUGUGAUCGUAGAAACCGAUAAAAGGUGCGGGUACUUUCCUCGGACAUCCACUCCUCAGCGUUUUUGAGUAUUCCCACAGCAGCCCAAGCUGCCCGUGCAUCCAUAAGUCCUAUGUUCUGCUGCAGAACAUCCACAAUAAGCUGUGCCCGUUCCGGCUGUCCUGACACAUAGCUUAGAACGGAAUUUGGCUUUUCAUUUUGAUGGUGACGUGCUCCCAACUGACCACGUUCGAUGUUCUGGGUCCAUUCACCAGGUACACCUUUGUGCCGGCUGCAGUCCAGAGAUCUAUAGCAGACAUUACCGCGAGCCAUGCUCUUACUUUGCGCGGCUCUUCCGGCGGCAGGAUGAAAACUACGGCUCCAAGAUCCUCUGUAAAAAGGCUGUCCACCUUCGUCUUAUUUGCUGAAAAUUCACCAUAAAAGAACACUCGUGUGCGAGUGCCGCCAGACAUCCAUGCCAUUCUUCUCAAUACUAUGGGGACAACGAUGAGAAUGCGGUUAUGCACUCGGUCCAACAUCGAACUGGUAUCAAAAUCGUUCCCUUCGAUUUUCCUCGCAAUCAGCCAGCCGAGCUCGAAGAUUCUUUUCGACACCGUCGGCCAUCCUCCUGUUAGCGACCUGUGGCGCAUGAUGGAAGCUGGGUCAAUGGCCAGCAUAAUGUUACUGAUAUGGGCACAUUUGUUCCUGAACACCGCAUAUGCAACGCCCAACGCCCGCGGAUCAAUCACUUUGUCGUCCAAGUUCAUGAUGCGCUACACUUUCAGGGCCACGGAGCCGGGUUGGGUCCAUAUUGUGAAGACGCGACCAGCAUCCAAUACGCACUCGAUCGGCGUGGCUCUUGCCGGAUGAGACAGUGCUGUAAUCAGGUCUCCUGCGGUUAACGUCUUCGACAGACAGCAGUUCGCCAGUGAAAAGCUCGACCCUCCUUUAUCGCCGGAAAACUUGGCCUUGGCAUCGGAAUUGAGCGUGCAGGAUGUGACCAUCAUCGGGAACAUCGAACCCGUGUUCCUUUGGCCCGUCCCAGUCUAUGGUCAAUUUGCUUUUUUUCCUCGAGCCUUUUCUCGUGGUAGUUUCAUGAACACCCUUCCUCCAACCGCUGGAAGAGAAAGAACGUCCACGUUCUUACGCUUGUCAUACACUUCCUUGGCAUGGUAGAUGAAGAUGAAGGUAUGACAGGGUCAAUUCCGUGAAGUAUGAAGAAGGGGCUCUCACCUGUAGCUUCAUGUGGGGUAACAUUAUAUGCGUACACCACAUGAGGCAGCAUCACGUCCCAUUUAUCGGGCUCUUCCACCUUCUUUUUCAGCAUCCUUUGAAUAGUUCCGAUAGCACGUUCACUGACACCAUUUUCUUUCAACUGGCCUUCUUCAACUAAGAAAUCGGCAACUUUAA